AUGGCCGUUAAAAACAACUUUAAAAAGACCGGCAAAGGUGUCCAAAAGAAUCAGAAGAAUUGCAAGAAAGCAAUAUCGCGAAGAGAUGUUAAAAAGACAAAGUUUAGAGUUGAGAAUUUGAAUAGAGAUACUGCUUCACUGUCUGAAAUAAUCAAACUCAAUGCAUCCACUGCUGUGAAGGGAAGUGCGCGCAAGGCUAAUACAUUGGAGAACAGAACCCUUCAAAAAGACUGGCAAAAGGACCAAAAGAUACGAGAGAAGUCGAAAGCUGAGAAGGAGGAAAUGGCCAAUAACUUGGAGAAACAGAUAGAAGAUAUAUCGGGAUUUUCGUUAUGA